AGCCUUGACCAUCCAACCCUGCGUGACGUAGUCUUCCAAUGACACUUCUGUUUUGACCGCGAAUGAAAGCCGACGCGGGAAACUUGCUAGUUGGGGCUGAAGAAGGACAGGUAUUGCUCGGACUGGGCUUUUGUAACAGUGUAUUUAGAGUCAUCUAUUGUUUAGCGACCAACACAAUGAAGGUGGUAACCUGUGAAAUUGCAUGGCACAACAAGGAGCCCGUGUACAGUUUGGACUUCCAGAGGAACCCCGAGACGAGAGUGGACAGACUGGCCACAGCAGGCGUAGACACCACAGUUCGGAUAUGGAGGGUGGACAAAGGCCCAGAUGGGAAGGCCAUUGUGGAUUUUCUGUCCAAUUUGUCCCGACACACCAAAGCAGUGAAUGUUGUCCGCUUCUGCCCGAAUAAAGAGCUUCUGGCAUCAGGCGGAGAUGAUGGCGUCAUUUUGGUUUGGAAGCUUAACGACAGCAAGGAGAUUGAACAGCCUUCGGCUUUCAAUGAUGAAGAUGAUGACCAGCUUAACAAGGAGAGCUGGAAUGUUCUGAAGACCUUUAGGGGCCAUAUCGAGGAUGUUUAUGACAUCUCCUGGACUAAUGAUGGGAACUUCAUGGUGUCUGGGUCUGUGGACAACACUGCCAUCAUGUGGGAUGUCAACAAAGGUCAGAAGAUGUUCAUCUUUAACGACCACAAGAGUUAUGUACAGGGGGUGACCUGGGAUCCUCUUGGCCAGUACAUUUGCACAUUAAGCUGUGACCGGGUGAUGCGUGUGUACAACGCCCACCAGAAGAAGAGGGCAUACAGCGUUAGCAAGAUGGCCUCCAGCUCUGCACCUGAGGGAGAGGUGAAGAACUACAGGAUGUUUCAUGAUGACAGCAUGAGAUCCUUUUUCAGACGGUUAACCUUCACUCCAGAUGGCUCCUUUCUCCUAGCCCCUGCUGGAUGUAUGGAGGCUGGGGAGAAUGUUACCAACACAACCUACGUCUUCUCCAGGAAGAGCUUCAAAAGGCCUGUGGCCCACCUGCCCAGUCCGGCUAAGGCUACGUUAGCUGUGCGCUGCUGCCCCGUCUACUAUGAACUCCGAACAAAGAAGGGAGAAGACGGUGAGGUGAAGCCCCUGGACAACACGCUGCAGCUGCCGUACCGCGUGGUGUUUGCGGUGGCCUCCGAGGACUCCAUCUUCUUCUACGACUCCCAGCAGAGCCUGCCCUUCGGCUACGUCUCCAACAUACACUACCACACGCUCAGCGACCUCACUUGGUCCAAAGAUGGCUUGGUCUUGGCAGUAUCAUCAACAGACGGCUACUGUUCCUUCGUGACGUUUGACGAGGGCGAACUGGGCACGCCUCUCAAAGAGCAGCCCAUCCUCAAGGUGCCCACGCCAAGCUCCGCCCAGGACAAGAAGGGCAAGAGGACCUCGGCCAAUGGCAGAACAGCCUCACCCGUACCCCGCUCUUCCUCAGCCAAUCAGGACAAGGACAAGUCAUCUGGUGGUGUUGCUGCCAACGUCAUGGCGUCCCCGCCCCCCACCAAGCCCAGUGGUGGCGGUGAGGAGAAGAAGACUCCACAGAACCCCCAGGCCAAAUCCCAGCCGCGCCGCAUCACCCUCAACACACUCACCGCCUGGAGCAAACCCACCACCCCCAAAAGCACAGGCUCCCCCGGCUCAGCCCCCAGCACCCCUGCCUCCGCCUCCUCCACCGCCACCCCUGGCAGCACCACACCUACGGCUCUCAAAGCAGUGGCUAGCAACCCCAAAGUCGGCCCCUCCAGUCCUGCCGUGCCUGCUGCUGCUGCUGCUGCAACGAGUGCCAGCCCGAUCGCAGUGAGGCGGGUAACCCCCAAACCUGCCCCGCUCACCCCCGUCAACUCCAAGGUGUCCUCCUCGGCUCCCUCCACCCCCCUGGGUCUCACCGGCCAGAAAGGCCCCGGCAGCUCCACCAAGGGACCCACUCCCAGGCGUAUCUCUCUGACGUCACUCAUGCGAUCACCUGCACCCUCACAGAGCACCAUCACGCCCUCCUCUACAGAGAAGGCUAAACAUGAGAGGCCCUCCCCCACCAGUGAUCCUCUGUGCAACCCUCCAGAGUCCAAGCGUCCAAGGCCGGACUCUCCUCAGCCCAAGGGGGCCACCAAGCCCGACCCUAAACCCGAGUCUGAGGCCAGUCCUGCCCCCUGAAGAGUCCAGCACGGGCCCAGUGCAGCUGCUGUCCUCCAGCAUCUGUGUGCCUCACGUCCCCACACAGACUCGCAUACCACCACUCGCCCAUGUGCAGUACAUGUGCACCUAGAUUAACAUGCAUACAGUACAUGGGGUCCAUUUUAGUCCUCCUGUCAGCUCCUUUUUCUUGUGGCCUCUUGUUUUGCUAAUGCUGCGGCUCCGUGGAGAAAACACUGCUGUCAGCCUAGGCACAACAACUUUUGGGGGACUUUUACCCAUUCAACAUCAUAAUUGCAAAUGCAAAAAUUACCUUUGUGUUGUGCUUUUGCGAGAUAUUGAAUGAUAUCUAUCUACCGAUCCAUGAUGUCUUGUCUCACCUCACGGGACCACAAGCAAAAGGAGACAACGAGAGGUUAGUUAUUGAAAGGGACACACACACACACACACACACACACACACACACACACACACACUGUUGUGUACAAAUGCCUUGUUGGUGGAAAGGGGAAAGACAGGUUGAGAUGUAAAGACACAAUCAUGUCGUGUCAUGUGGAGCUCUUCCUCUGGUGCUACAUAUACAUUGCACUCACACGAACUUGCACACCUGUGCACAUCUAACGUUGCAGAGUACUAUAUUAUAACCUUUUUAAAGCUGUGGGCUAUUCAGUGUUUUUCUAUGCUGGUAACAUUUUGUAUAUAUUAUAAUGACUUAUGUGCAAAAAUAAUUCCUGUUUAUGUCGACAUAAAAAAAGUAAAAUGAGGUCCUGUUUUUCAGAAAUUGUGGUCCCUCUUAAUUUUUUCCAUACAACAUGAAAUGUUUCUACUGUAGCUCAUCAAUAGUCAUGUUUUGAUGAUUGUAUUUGACUUUUCUACAUA